AUGAAGAAAAUUGCCUCCGAACCUCCUGAGAACUCAAAAGGACACUCUCGUCAAAAAGCAGCUGGAAAACUCUUUGCCCGCGAACGAAUCAAUCUCUUCCUCGACAAAGGCACUUUCAAGGAAGUGGGUGCCGUGUCAGGGACAACUACAUGGCAACAAUUUCCAACCAAUGCAUUGCGAGAACAAGUCAAAGACUUCGUGCCUAGCAACAAUCCUCAAGGCUUCGGUAUGGUGACUUGUGGGGCUACGAAACAGCAAAGAAGGGUAUACAUCACAGCCGACGAUUUCGCCAUUCGUGCUGGCCAUGCAGACGGAUCUAGUCAUCUCAAAACUCUUUAUGGCGAAGAAACAGCACUAAAACUCAAGAUCCCUGUUGUAAAACUCGUGGAUGGAUCUUCAGGAGGUGGCAGUGUGACGACCAUAAAGACUCAGGGAUGGUCCUACUUGCCGCCUCUAACAAGUUUUCCAGCGGUGAUCAAGCAGUUGAAUGCAGGUAUACUGAAUCUGGGCGCUGUGGUGGGUCCGGCUAUUGGUCUUGGUGCUGCUCGCGUGGUGUCGACGCAUUUUUCGGUCAUGGCUGCUGAUGUGGGGAGUUUGUUUAAUGCAGGCCCUAGUGUUGUUGCGGAAGCGACGUUCGAGGAAGGUCUAACGCUAGAAGACUUGGGUGGAUGGGAAGUACACUGCCGCAAUGGAACCAUCGAUAACUUGGCCUCCAAUGAAGCAGCUGCUUUUGAGCAAUUAAGGACGGUAUUGGGAUACCUUCCCGAUUGUGGAGAUCUCCAGCAUCCUCCUGUUUUGGCAGAAGACUGGUCCGGCGAUACCACAGAUAGGCAGGACAUUAAGCUCCGCAGCAUCAUCCCAAGGAAGAAAGGAAGGAUGUACAACCCUUACACCAUCAUCACCUCCGUCGUCGACAAGACCUCCUUCUUCGAAAUCGGACGCCUCUGGGGCACAACUGCCAUCACCGGCCUCGCACGCCUCGGUGGCCGUCCCGUAGGCAUCAUCUCUAACAACUGCGAGUCCUCUACCGGAGGCGCCCUAGACCCCCUCGGCAGCCAAAAACUCACCCGCAUGAUAAAGUUCUGCGACGUGUUUAACCUGCCAAUUCUCCAAUUCGUGGAUAUACCCGGGUAUGCGAUUGGAACAAAGGCAGAGAAAGGAGCAACCAUGAAAUGGGGCGUCGAGUUGGCAAAAGCUUACUAUGCAUCCACCACACCCAUUUUUUCCGUGGUUACGAGACGCUGCUAUGGUAUUGCUGGAGGAGUGAUGAUAGAUUCGCGGUCUCCUCGCUCGCUAGUUGCAUGGCCGAGUGGAGAGUGGGGAUCUUUGCCGUUGGAAGGAGGUAUCCAAGUCGCUCAUCGGGCUGAAUUGGCUGCGAUCGCAAAAAGUCAGGGUGAAGAGGCAAUGAAGAAGAGAUAUGCAGAGUUGGAUGCACAGUAUCGACGCUUGAUGAAUCCGAUCAGAGCGGCGAAUGCGUUUGGUGUCGAGCAGAUCAUAGACCCAAAGGAUACAAGGAGUGUGGUUUGUGCUUGGGCGAAGGAUAUGUAUGGUUUGGUCAUGGUCGAGAGACUUGAAGACCGUAAAGCGAGGAGGAUCGUGCCGACAUUUACUUGA